AUGUCGUCGCGUAUCGAAAAGGGAGGAGCUCGGUUUAAGCCAUCCAUCGUUCCUAGAAAGUCGACCGCAAGAGCGACGCCGGCCAGCGUACCAGCGACAACAGCUUCGCAGCAGACAUCUGCACAGUCACAAAAACAGACUCCAAACACAUCGACAGCACCGCCACCAUCGCCAUCGCUAGUUGCGGUUGGGACAGAUCGGCAGUCGCGUCCGCCAUCCGUUCGUAGCAAAGCUUCAGCUGCUGCCGAUACAGCUGCUACGAGCACAUCUCAGAGCUAUGCGUUCAACGUAGCGCCUUCCAUCAUCUCCCAGCCAGGCACCGCCACGACCGCUCGCACAAGCAUCACCGCAGUACAGCCCUCAUCCAGCUCCAUCAAGCCAAAGCCAAUCUUCCGCAAACCUUCCAUCUCCAAACCUCGUCCGGGUUCGAGAAACUCGCUUACUCCGGCACCUCAUCAUGCGCAACCAACCGCCUCGACGUCUGCCUCCGCAACCCAGCCUGUACAUGCUGGAAGUGGUGCUGACGUCCCCAUGGCUGAUGACGAGUCUGUGCCUCUCCAUGUCCGCGUUCCUCCUAGCAUCGGUGCCUCUUCUGGUGCUAGAAACUCGGACGCUAGCUCCUCACAUGUCGACGCAGAACGUGUUCCGAUUCAAACUGACGUCUCAAUCGACAAGGCUUCUCAGCCUGAUCCCGUACAAGUACCGCUCCGAUUGACAAGAUCCAAAGGCGCUAGCACAGCUCCAUCCGACACUACGGCUGUAGUUAAGCAAAGUGCUUCUCAAGAAGAGGCCACACCGGCCUCACGCCCGCAACGCAGAGCUGGCACCAGCUCAACUGCACCACCUGCACCUCUGGUCGAGCGGAAUGUUAACGCUAGCUCAACCCAAUCAUCUAGAAAGGGCAAGGGGCGAGAAGUUCUUGUGACAGACCAACAAGCAGAUAGCCUUGAAAUCCCCCAUACCCUCAAAUCCAGUCCGCAAACUACUCAGGCCAACGCUCCGGAGACGGAAACUGAGAAAGCUGCCCGUAUCGCUCAACGUAGGAUGGAAGCAGCUGCACGUCUGCACAAACGCCGCCUGAAACGUAAAGAGCUGUCUACUGGUAAGCCCAAGCGGCCCCUCUCGGCCUACUUGCUUUUUGUCAACUCUGUGCGUCCACAAAGACAAGCUCAAAAUCCAAAUGCACCCCUCACAGAGCUCACGGCUGAGAUGGCUGCCGAAUGGCGUCAGCUUGCACCUGCACAAAGGACCAAAUGGGAGACCGAGGCAUCCCUGCUGCGCCAGCAGUAUGAUUCGGCUCUGGAGACAUGGAAGCUCGCACAUCCACAAGGCGUCACGCUCGGCCCAGAGGAUGAGAGCGAUAUGGAGACCACCUCAGAGCUCGGUGAUGACGGCGAGCGCAUUCGUCGCAAGAAGCGUCGCACCACUUGUUCUCGCAAGCCACAUACCGUAUCGGAUGAUGAGGAAGGGUAUCGCAAGCAGGUUUUCCAUGAAGGCGAACAGCUCACAGCUAGUCGCAUCGAUCCCUCCAACGUCACAAUGGCCGACAUCAGCGCAGCAGAUUUCAAGAAAGGUCGUGCAGGUCCACGCACAUUCGAAGCCGAGCGCGUCUACACCAGGCUCGUACACGAUAGGCGUGCAGCGGCAAAGUCGGCAGCGCUGGGCGAGCACGUGUUGGGAGAAAAAAUGCUUCAUGCUUCGCCUUCGCCUGCACCAGCUGCAAACAUUAUUCGCACAGCAAACGGAAUGCCAAUCGCCACUGGUCAGCAAGAGUCACUUGAGGGCGAAGAAGAGAUUGUUGCGGACCAGACGGGCGAUGACAACGACGACGACGAUGGUGAGACCGACGCUGAUGGCACCACGGAUGGAGAAGGUACUUCCAACAGUCGUCGUGCACGCAACAAACGAGAAGCGUCGGUCGCUGCUACAGAGGUCUCGUUCCGCGAGAACCGUUUCGCGGUUCAAACGCGUAUUGUCGACGGCAAGAUUGUGCUUGACGAAACUUCGCUUUUCGCCAACUACGGCAACGGUGAAGACGACCGUGAUAACAUGGAGGUGGUCGACGAGCGAGAAGGUGAUCGUUUCGUCAAUGCCUCGACCUACUCACGCAAGCUUGGCAGGAACAGAAAGUGGUCCGCCGACGAGACGGCCAAGUUCUACCACUGUCUGCAGCAGUGGGGAACGGACUUCGAGAUGAUCGCACGUCUCUUCCCUGGUCGGGACAGGGUCAUGAUCAAGAAAAAAUUCAACGUGGAAGAGAAGAGCAAUGGGAAGCUGAUCGAUGAGGCGCUUAGAAGUUCGAUGCCAGUCAAUCUCGAGGCGUAUGCACAAGCAAUCGGUGUUGAUCUGUCAGGACCACCGCCCGAGAUCAGGGCUGAUCUGCAAGACAUUGAGUCGCUCACUGCAGCUGCUGCAGCAUCAGUUGAUGCAACUGUCAAGAAACGCGAGGGUACAGCUCCCGCUUCUGGUCGCAAGGGCGAGCUGAGCGAUGCUGAGCAAGACGAUGACGACGAUGGCUACGGAUACGAGGAAGUAGUUGAGAUCGACGACAAUGGUAAUGAGCACGUGAUCCGUCGUAGGUUGGGUAAGAAACAAAGUCGCAAGCCAGGCAAGAAGAGACGUAACUCGACCAGGAAGAAUUCGGUCUCUACGCAUGCGCCAUCGGAAAGCGCACACGCGCCAGCAUCACGCGCCGCGAUCAACGCCGACGCUUCGGUGACAGUCGACGCAGCUCAAGUAGACUCGAGCACAAACGGGCAGCCCGAGACCAGAUCCGGUGGCCCUCCUUCGAUCGGUAGCCGCAAGAGCACCAGAGCGACGCGCAAUCGUGCCGCUUCGAUCAACAGCAGCAAGCACGCACCGCGCGAUCGAGCCCAAGUCGAAGAGAUCGUUGGCCAGCUGUAG